AUGUCGCGAAACAUAUGCGUUACCACAGCCGAGGGCAACACCGGCUUUCUCAUCACAAAACUCCUUCUCACCGACCCCAAAUUCAGAAAGAAAGUUGAUCGGGUCACAGCAUUGGCUAUAAAUACUCAAUCACCAUAUGUCCAAGAACUUGAAAAACUCGGCGCAGUAAUCGCUCAACACAGACCCGGUCGUGUUCGCGAUACUACCCAAGUCCUCCGAUAUACAGAAGCGGAUACGUUGAUGCUUAUUCCGCCAGCACACGUGAACAAGAUUGAUAUAACGUUGGAGAUCCUCGAAGCUGCAAAGAGAGUUAACAUUGGGAAUGUGUGUCUGCUCAGUGCAGCCGGUUGUGAUCUGGCGGAUCGAGAUGCGCAGCCGAGAUUGAGAGAGUUUAUUGAGCUGGAGGUGGCUUUGAUGAAGAUGAAGGGUAAUCCAAGUACUAGGACAGGUUAUUCGAAUUGCAUUAUCAGGCCGGGUUUCUAUGCGGAGAAUCUUCUGCUCUAUACUCCUGAGGCUCAAGCGGAAGGGCUACUUCCAAUCCCCAUUGGAAAGGAUCAUCAAUUCCCUCCCAUUGCUUUAAAAGAUGUCGCCGAAUUGGCGGCUCAUGUGCUUACCGGCAAAGGGAAACACGGCUUCAGCGAUCAACAUCGCGGUCAACUUAUGACCAUGACAGGACCCAUGCUAGUCACCGGCGACGAACUAGCCGAGAUCGCUAGCAAAACGCUUGGUGUCAAAUUGGCCUUCGAUGAUGUUUCAGGCAACGAGGCUCGCCGUCUCCUCCGUUUCCAAACCAGCCAAGAUGAAGCAGAAAGACAGUAUCUACUGGAAUAUUACUCUCUGGUACGAGAAGGAAAGACCAAUUACAUCUCUACCAAUUGCUUCCAUGAUGUUACAGGCUCGCAUCCAAUUGAGCCGCCACAGUUCUUUGACAUCUACAAGGAUCAAUUCAUGCCGAAGAUGGCUCUGCAGCGGGUGGAACCUGAUGUUGCGUAG